GUAGAGAGCACGCUCGUAUCAUCCGACUAUGGCGAGCGUUGCGCAAUGUCUUGCCCGCAGUGGCAAAGCACCGUCGGGUGCCUCACUGUCCAAAUGGCGGUCCUCGAGGGGCUUCGUUAUAGGUGUGGUUUGCUUUGCUGGAACGACGGACACGCUUCUUUACGGGUUGAUCGUUCCUAUUGUUCCCACUGCACUCUCGGAAAGGGUCAAUUUACCUGUAGAGGAACAACAACGUUGGACUUCGAUCCUUCUUGCGUUGUAUGGAGCAGCGAUGAUCACAUCCUCUCUGCUUUGCGGAUAUCUUGUGCACCGCGUUGACUUACGGCGGUGGCUGUUUAUAGCAGGGCUCGCUGCAUUAGUGGUUGCCACGGCGCUCCUCUGCAUUGGAUCGCACUUAUCUCUAUGGAUUCUGGGGCGUUUACUCCAGGGCUCGGCUGCAUCGGUGGUCUGGACAGCUGGGUUAGCCCUACUAGUGGAUCGAUUUGAAGAAGAUGCACUGGGGAAUGCGCUGGGUUAUUUCGCCAUGUCCACAGUAGCAGGAGCCGUUUCUGGGCCGCUCUUUGGUGGAGUCCUUUAUGAACAUGCGGGCUAUUACGCCCCGUUCGGACUCGCAUUUGGGUUUCUAGCUGUGGAUCUAGCCCUCCGGAUGAUGAUCAUCGAAACGGCGGAAUAUCAGAUACCAUCAGAACAUACGGCCAUGGAGUGUCCACAGAUACCUGGCGAUAAAGACAGUCCUGCCGCUGCUACGGCCGCUGCAGGAAGAGAAGGAGGUAAUACUUCCAGUCAAAGAGACAAAACAUCAAGCGAUCUCGAAUACAGGAACUAUUCAUCACCAAGCUCGUGCCAAUCGACAAAUUACAAGGCAGUCUUGGCCCUACUCCGGUCUCCACGCAUGGCUCUGGCGUUGACGGUCUACAGCGCUGUCUUUACAUCUAUAACGGCAUUCGAUAGUGUAUUACCACUCUUCGUCCAUGAUACCUUUGGUUGGAAUCAAACAGGCCAAGGCCUUAUAUUUAUUGCUCUGCUGGUGCCACAUGUCCUUGACCCCGGCAUUGGGUAUAUACAGGAUCGGUGGCCCAAGACGCGCGGCUAUUUGGUUGCGGCGGGUCUAUUUGCGAUGGUACCGUUGAUGGUAAGCCUGCGAUUUAUUACAGAGAAUACCAUUGGCCAUAAGGUUCUUCUCUGCGCAUUACUAGCAGUUAUCGGCGGUUUUGUUGGACUUAAUGAGGUACCGAUUAUGGUCGAAGUGAACACCAUUGCACUUGAGGCAUCGACGGCGGGGCCCGGGGCGUUGAGCAGGAAUGCUGCGAUCGCAUUGGCCUGUGCGCUCUGUAAUAAUGCCGUUGCUACAGGUUCACUGGUAGGCCCUUUCUUGGGGGGAUUCAUUCGUGAUCAUGCCGGUUGGGGGACCAUGUCGUGGGCGCUGGCGGUGCCGAUGGGAGUGUGGGGGAUUCUUGUGUUGUUAUUCCUUCGCUGAACGGGCUUCUCCAUAUGCAGACUAGAUUACUGUACAGACUGAGAUAUGGGGAAUAUUUGGAGCUGCUUUGGCUGU